UCCGCCGGCCGCCGCCCCGCCGCCCGUUGAAGCGGCCGGAGCCGCGCCCGCAGCGGCCGGGACGAUGCCGCGCUGGGAGGCGGCCGCGCUGCUCGCCGCGCUCGUCGGCGUCUGCGUCUGGACCGACGAGACCGGGAAAGUUAUCUCGGACCGGUACGCUGUCUACUGGAACGGGAGCAACCCCAGGUUUCAGCACGGGGAUUACACAGUGGAAGUGAGCAUCAACGACUACCUGGACAUCUACUGCCCGCACUACGAGGAGCCGCUGCCCGAGCGGAUGGAGCGCUACAUCCUCUACAUGGUCAACUACGAGGGGCACGCAUCCUGCGACCGUCAGAGGGGCUUCAAGCGCUGGGAGUGCAACCGGCCCGACUCCCCCAACGGGCCCCUCAAGUUCUCAGAGAAGUUCCAGCUCUUCACCCCCUUCUCACUGGGCUUCGAGUUCAGACCCGGCCACGAGUACUACUACAUCUCCGCGUCCCCCCCAAACACAGUGGACAGGUCCUGCCUGAAGCUGAAGGUUUAUGUUCGGCCAACAAACGAUUCCCUGUACGAGUCCCCGGAGCCCAUUUUCACCAGCAACAACUCCUGCUGCAGCCUCAGGGUGCCGCGCGCCGUGCUCGUGGUGGUGCCGGUCGUCUGGACGCUCCUGGCCUCGUAGCGCUGACACCGACGCGCCGGCGAGCGGCUCCGUGGAGCAUCACCUCCGGC